UUCGCAGCAGAUUAAUGGACCUCCGAUCACCGUCCAAGCAAUUAUGCAGUCCUCUAGGAUCCUUUCGAGUAUACCCCGUGGGAUAUCCCCAGAAACUUUUUUAACAAAUGUCGGGCCAAAGCUUCUGUCCCUUCUUGAUGGAGAUGAUAUGGAUCUAAGAAAGACAGCAUCGUACAUAAUAGGAAAUGGCAUCUUACCAAAGCGCCCUAUUGGUGCCCCUGGUACGAUCGGCUUUGAAAUGUUUGUUAAGCCUAUCUUUGACGCAUUUCAUGGAAAAGCCGACGAUACAUCCACCCUGUGGCUACGCAAGUUCAAUCGGGAUGGUUCGCCAGCUUCCGAGGGAAAUGGCAGCCAUACAAACGGCCGCGCCACCGUCAAUACCCACCAGCUGUCCCUGGCUUUAUUUCGCCUGACAUCCUUGGUCGUUCUACAUCCUAACCCCGCUCUACUCAAGCGCUUAAUCGGACCUAUAAUGCUUCCUCUAUGGGGACUACAUUGGCACGCAAAGUCUCUCAAAAAUCAUAAGUGGGCUGACCAUACAUUCGUGCUCUUACAGAAUUUUUUCAGUAUUUCUUCUGCCAAAUCCAGAUUUGAACGCUUAGUCGAAUACAUGAUGUGGGAUGGCGAGGAAACGUGGACCUACAAGCAUUCUCUAAGCCAUGAUAUAUUUGUAGGGAAGCGCGAGCCCCCAAACCUGGAGCAUACUGAUAUAAUGCAAGUCAUUGAGAACGUCGAUCAACGGGCUGAUUUACUUGUCACUUUUCUCGGAGUCGAUCCGCAGCGAGAAACGCAUAUUGGAGACAUUUUUCUUCUGGUUACAAGCAAAUGGCUCCUUGGAGGAAGAGGAACCUCCGAGAGCCAACCAUUGAUAUCCCCAGAUGAUAUACACCUAGGUCUACAAAAAGUGGUGUAUACCAAGAUUGCUGAAAAGAUCAUCAGCCAAUUUCAGGAUAUUCUAUGUCGUCGAUUGGAUCAAAUAGUGAAACUGGUCAAUCAACUUAUUGACCACGAAAUACAUCUGGUUACGAAUAGGGACAAGAAAGAAACUGCUAAACCUUCUUUAGAGUCACUAGGAAACAUCUCCAGAAAUCAUGACAAUGGAUAUGAUGUUCAUCCUUCAGACUCUGCUGAAUCACCGGAGCCACUGUCCGCUGCGCUCAGCUUACUUUCUACACUGCUGCUAUCUUCAGAUUUGAACCCCGGCGCUGAAAUACGAACAUUACUAUCAGAGACAAAGCUGAAAAUAGAUCGAGUGCUGCCUUUCGUUUCUCAGGCGGUUAAGCACCCAGCAACGGCAUUAUUAAUUCACAUAGAGUUUAUCAUCGGUGGAUAUCUAUCCCACGAAAAGAGAGAAUGUGUCUCUGUGGUUAAUCAGCAGCACAUCAGUGAUUUGGAGAUACACCGACAAGCUCUUGCAAACUUGAACUCACCGUUACCUCCAGUCCAAGCCGAAGGACUUUCCAUACUAUCCGGAUUGAUAAAGAAGUCUUCGCCAGUUCUUGACAUUCCGGCUACUCUCACUCUUCUAAUAUCUUUAAUUACCCGAGGUGAGGAAAAUCGGAAAGAUGACGAGUUUGUCUACCUAAACGUGAUCUCUCAUAUCGGUGUUCUUGCCCCAAAGCAUCCACGCACGGUUAUAAAAACCCUGUCUGAGAGAUAUAGGGAUAGUAGUGAAGAGGCUUCCUUGGACGAGAGGCUACGCAUCGGUGAAGCUAUUCUCAGGGCUGUCGAGGAAAUAGGAGGUGCUCUAGUAGGCGAAACAGCUACGACCUUAGGCGAUACAAUGGUAGAGGUGGCUAGCAGGCGGGGAAAAAAACCAAAGGCUAAGGAGAAAAGGUUAGCAGACGCGAAACGUGAAACAUUGGAAAGAGGCAAAACCGAUGAUGCAGAAGACCUAGAAGCCAAAGCUGUCAAUAUCAUAAACCAAUUGGACCAAGACACAGACUCAGAGCCGGAAGACCCAGGGAAAUCCGCCUAUUUGAAUAAAAUUCUCCAAGCAUGGACUUCAGGGGCAGCCUCAGAUGAGCAACCAGAUGAUCUACGUGCUCGCGCAUCGGCCAUAUCCAUCCUCGCAUCUGCCAUUCAGACAAAUAUUGCUGGUAUAGGACAGCGAAUAGUUUCCACCUCCAUGGACAUGGCACUUUCUACACUGACGCUAGAAACAGGGCCUGAAAACGCAAUCAUCCGCCGUGCGUCUACUAUACUAAUGCUUGACAUCACAAAGGCAUUAGACAACGCCAUGGAGCAAGGUAUAGACUUGGGGUUCAGCUUUUCGCAUACUACUUCCACCUACAGUCUUUCUCCUAUUAACGUGAACACGGUUGGAAAUAUUCCAGAUAUCCUCCAUGUACUAGCCUUUGUGGAGAGCAAAGAAACCGAUGUUCUUGUCCGCGGCCAUGUACGAGCAUUAACCGAGAGUUUGGAGGCAUGGACUGAAAAAGCGAUCCUGCGUGGUGUUGGAGCCAGUGCUCAGCCUCGAUUUGAACUUGGUGAUAGCCUUGCUGGGCUGAAUAUUACGCCUGUUGCUGGUGCAUCGGGUCCUAGGGGCCGUCCAGGAAUUGAGGAAAUUGAGUAAUGUAAAAUUACACAAGGCCGCUUUACAGAUUAUGGUCAUCGGAACAGUGAAUAUU